AUGUUCAUCUAUGCGCGUGUCAUUACUAGCGUGGGCACCGGCCAUUUGAAUGCAAUCGUACUAGUUUGGUCGGCCAAGGUUGCUCAGACCCAUUCGAGAGGUUUAAGCAGCUACGCAACUCCCCCACUGCAGCCCCUAACCUGCUUACCGGCAAUAAUCCUAGCAUGCGUUAUCUGGUUCCUACCGGAAUCCCCGCGAUGGCUUAUCAAAACUGGUCGCAAUGAAGAGGCCUUGGAAGUUCUUCAAGCCCUAAGAGGUGCUAAUAGCGCUAGUACUGAAGAGUAUAACGAGAUCAUUGAUGUUGUCGAGGCCGAGAGAUCUCUGGCCGAGAAGGGGAUUUUCAUUUCUUUGUUUUUCGGAACGGCGUCGGGCAAGCUUCACUUGCCUCUUCGGGCAAACUUGGCUUUCUGGCUUCAAGUUAUGAUGGAAUGGAACGGCAUCACUGCCAUCAUAGUAUUCUCGCCCACGAUCUACGCGCAAGCUGGGUACGGCACAACAAAGGCUGGUUGGCUCAGUGCCCUAACAAACACUACUAGCAUACUUGGGACCCUCAUUGCCUCCCAAACAAUUGACAAAUUCGGACGAAGGAAUCUACUGUUCGUCGGGGCUGCUAGUAUUGCUGUUACAAUGCUCCUAGCGGGCGAAUUUGACAAGCUGCUUGUUGAUCGCCCUAGUCAAGCUUCGGAGUACGGUGCUAUUAGUGUCUUAUGGAUAUUCCUAUACACUCUAAUUUAUAGCUCUACAUGGCUCAUAUGGGCGAUCGGCUAUGGCUCUUCCAUUCUGGCAAAUCCGGUCAUGUUUAGCCAGAUACAAGAGAAGAUCUUCUACAUCUACGGCGCGUUAAAUAUUGCUUGGAUCCCCUUAGUUUACCUCUUCUAG